AUGUCAAUGUGCCUCGACGACCAACAAGGAGAAAACACAGAAGGAAAUCCCUCGGAUUCCUCAACUGUGACCCAAAUUUGGAAAUAUCUUCUCCUGAUUAAAAGGCCUAUUGAGCAACUUCUUGAGUAUUUAAAGGGCGUGCUAAGAGUAGAAGUCAAAGACUACAGGGAGGGAAGUUUGGUGAUAUCAGUGACCUGCAGCUCACUUCAGGCUCUUGAAAGACUUUGGGAUGACUACUGCAGUGGUCAUCUCAGUCAAGUAGUGCAACAAUUACUCGUCACGCCUGAAGUUUUGAAGGAGCUUGGAUUAAGUCGUUUGCAACUGAGAACCACGAUUACCAAAGAGGAGUACGUAAGAUAUAAAGAAAUUUUUCUGCGUGCAGAUCAGGCAUCUCUUCAAGUCGUGACGCCGUCUAGAGAGAAACUAAAUAUUGCCGCCACUGAAGAUAUUGGUGAUUCACUGUAUUCAGGGAAAGUUCUUGGUGUCUCAACCACUGAAUCUAGUUCUUUUUACGACAUAAAGUCCUCUGUGAUGGAGAAGUCCUUUUCAGCGUUGACAGAGGCCAGGAAAGAAGUCAAGAGAAGGCAAACGCUCUUCCUAGAACUUAACGUGAGCACAGAGGCCCUUCUAAAUAUGAUGAGUGACAAGGAUUACGCUCUUCUGGAGCUGGGAGUGAAAAAUCUCAGGAACCAAUUAGCCUACCACAUACAGAGAUUAGAGAGAGAGGAAUACCUCGUGCUUUUGUCAGGUGAAAGAGAUCCGAAAAAGAGCGCGUUGCUGAGUCUAAUUCUUGGGGAACAACCUCUCCCUGACUCCUUUUUUGGCACCUCUUCCGUUGUCUGCGAAUUAAGAUAUGGAAAAACCCACAAGCUGGUAGCGCACUAUAAAGACGCAGAUCCUCAAACAGGCCUUCUUUCAAAGACUAUCCAACCUGGCGAGAUGGCUGGAAACUCUCAACAUAUCUUUCUUCAAAAAAUCUCCUGGUUUUUUCAAAAUGAAGUUCUGCAAGGUUCAGUUUUUGAUAAAAUUGAGAUCUUUUGGCCAAACAACCUGCUUAAGGAAGGAAUCGUUGUAGUUGACAGUCCAGAAUUUGGAAAAUCACCGAUCGUAGACGUGAAAGUAAAGGCGUACCUUUCUGAGGCCUUCGCAGUUAUCUGCGUAAUUGACAGUUUAACUCAGCAACAAAGGAUGAAAGAAACAAUCAAACAAUGCAGAAGAUUAUGUCUUGACCAUCUGGAAACCGCGUCAAUUUGUCCUCUUUUUCUAUGUGCCAAUUGGCAUCAGUUAUCUCAAAAGGAGGCUGAUUCCAUGAAAAAUCACGUCGUCAGACAAUUCAGAGAAUACUGGCCUGAAGUAGACCCUGAUUCUCAAAUCAUCCACAUAUCAUCGCCUUACACCACAAACUAUGGAACAGCUGUUGCGGAGUUUGUGUCGCUGAUGGAUGCUAUAAAAUCCAACGCCUUGCAAAACAAUAAAGCAACACUGCAAAUGCAGUGGAGGUGGCUUGACUCGGCCAUUUCACGUAUGGCUUACCACCUGAAAAUGGUCAUGGAUCUCCUUUGUCCGUCCACCGAUCGUAAAAUCGUCUCUGAUUUACAUGCUGAACGCCUUCGUGACAUUGAGAUGUGGCUGUGCUCAGUUGAAUACGAGUUGCAAGAGCAUUUCAGAAAACUGGCAGAAGACGCCGUAAGGGUACUGUCCAACCACCUCCAGUCUUGCGAAGUUAUGGAAAAAUUUACCUCUUGGACGCUUGACGAUAUUCCACACGCUGGAGAAAGUUGGGAGGUGACCGAACAUCUUAUCAAAGAUGCAUUUCAGAAGCGACUGCAGAACACGAUUGCCGCUUGGGAAGAAAAAAACCGAAUUUUAUCCUACACCCGCAGCUCUCUGGUCCAAUUGUCCCACCAGCGAUUUGAUAAAGGGGAGAGUCUACUUCCAUUUCGAUACCUAGAGAAACCCGUCAUCACGGAUGCUGGUGCUAGUGGAUCACAAACUUGCCAGUCUUCAAAUGACUUCAGCGCAGCCCAAAAAGUUAUGAUCGGGCUGACAAGUCCAAUUUCGGUUCCAGUCGGCCUAGCAGUUUUAGUUGGCAGCUUCCCACUCAUGGGUGUCAUGAAACUUAAAGAGAAAGCAACAAAUUUUAAACGUUCGAGGGAAUACGAAAGAGACAAACAGAGCUUUAUCGUGCAAGCCUCCCGUGAAUACCUUCGCAAUGUGGCUCAAGAGCAACAGCUUUGGUUGUUCGUGGAGAAGGAGCUCAAAGAUGUUCAGGUUUACCUUACGAAAGUUUCAUCUUGUUUGCGUGAGCUCACAGCCGCCGAAAAAAUACUAUGUCAGCAGCUCAGAGAUGAGACUCGCUCUGGGAAGGAAAUUAAAGAAUCCUAUGGCCCCUUAGAAGAGAUGAGUACUAGAAUAAAGGAAAAGAUGGCACUCUUUUCUAUCAAAGAAUUACAGAGAACGGAAAUAAGUCGUAAUGACUUAAAGUGGGAUCGUGACGAUCCAACUUCACUUCUUGGGAAUGGAGCAUUCGCCUCAGUUUAUCGAGGAACAUUCAGGUUACCAGGACAGAGCGAACCAACACAGGUAGCUGUGAAAUUGUGGAUUAGAGAACUAAACGAAUCCACCGCAAUUGGCUUCUUUUGUAAGGCAGAAACAUUAAGGAAGCUUGACUUUCCCUUCAUUGUCAAGUUCUUUGGGAGAGCAUUGCUGAAGGAAGUCGAUCGAUUGCGGGUGAUCGACGUUUUGGAAUUUUGCGAGGAAAACUUGAUGAAUCACAUUUUUCAGAAUCCUAAAAAUAUUCCUGGAUUUUCCGGAAUAACCUCUGCCAAGAAAAAUGUACUGUGCUGGGCAAAGGACAUAGCUGCUGCCAUAGAGUUCGUACACAACCAGGGUAUUGUUCACCGCGGACUCAAGCUGGAGAAAAUUUUGCUUUCGCACAGAAAUGUCGUUAAGGUCUCUGGUUUUCGCCUUUCUGAAGAGGCUAAGAUCAUUGCAGACAAGAUAACGGGAACUGAUGCCUACCUUGCCCCGGAAGUGAUCCGUUACAAAGAAUACGAUAACAAGGCUGACAUAUACAGUUUUGGUAUAAUGCUUUGGGAGAUGUGGUAUGGUAAGAGAGCUCUCCUUGAAGAAGAGGGACAUGUGUCGGACCAAGAGGCUAAGGGUGCAAGACCUUCAUAUGUACAAGACGCGAUCAAGCCUCCAACUGGCUGGCAGGAUCUAAUGCAGCGUUGUUGGGAUGGAAAACCCCACAUUCGACCUGAUGCGGCAGAGUGUCACAAGCUAUUGACUGUGCUCUCCCAGGAAGUUUACGAACCUCCUUUGUGAACACUGAUCAUGAAGUAAUCAUCUUAACGUAUUUCAUAUUUAAAGCUGGAAUCACAGACCAACAACAGCAAUUGGCGGUCUGAUUACAAACUCGUUCUGAUUGCUAUAGUAGAUAGAAA